AUGGACCUCUUCCAGCAAGCUUGCCGACAGUUUGAGGCAGAGCCCGAUGGCCAACAGUUCAUGGAAGACACCGAGCUCAUCCGCAACCACUACCUCCACAGAUGGUGGCUACAUGAGCGGAGAGUGCAAGCACAGGGCAACCCCCGCCGCGGACCGCCGGUCACAAUGGAGGAGGCCCAAACGCUAGCAAACAAGGUGGCCUUCCUGAUCAACCGAGCGUGGUACCAAGAACUACACCUACUUCGUCGAGGUGAACCUAUGCGACCAUGUGGCUGCCUCGACAUGACGGACGCCGAGACCUCGGACAGCGACAACCAAGACGAUGCCCACGACCAACGAGACCGCUCGCGCUCCCCAACACCUAUGAGAGCCACGUCCUCCACCGCCCUGGAGCCACCCAGCCGAAACCACCCGCAGAUCGUCUUGGAUGACUCCGACACAUCCAUCGACACAGAGGCUGACUUCGCCUCCCUCAUGUCCGGCAAGGCCAAGGAUGUACCGGUCCACAAGAGAUCCCCUACCAGACUCUGGCGGGAACUUCCGCCGGACCGGAAAACCUCCAGCGUUCGCACAUUGCGGCCCCCAUGGAAGAAGGGCAACAAUCCUCCACUACAAGCACGACCGCCGCCUACGCCCCCCACGAGAAAACCAACUCCCAAGCAGCGACCGGCCAGUGCACGAUGCUCCGCCGAAGUGCCGGCACCAAAAACUCCGGAAGCGGAGCAGGCAGAAGGCGAAGCAGCGACCGCUGAGAUGCAGGCCGAGGACACAGAGAUGACCAAGGACGAUAUGAUGGCAGUCUGGCAGGCCCUCUUCGACAUGCAGCCAUCCGACUCCCUCAGCCCCAGUUCGAGCCCUCUUCUACCAGCACACAUCGCUGACAACGUGGUCGAGACCCUGGUGGAUUACCCUGAACACCACCACAACGCCAUGGCCGACGCCCUUCCCGAGUUCAUGGCACGCCUACAACUGGAUGCAGCUGCCGCGCUGCAGCGAGCCAGGAGCCUGCGAGGACGCCUUCAGACCGAGGAAGGCACGGUGCCCUCACAGCCGUCAGCACCAUCUGACAGACCUGCACCAGCCUACGAAGAGGAAGAAGAAGAAGAAGAAUCGAUCUACAUGCAGACGAACGUCCAGGAGAUCACGGCCCCAACCAAGGAGGACCCGCGGGCUACCAAGAAGCCCAUCCUCCAAAUGCUCCAGGACGCGUUCAACAAGCUACCGGAAGACGAUACUACGAGCCGGGCGUUGCAACUCAUGAACAGACUCCAGGAGCACGACGGCCCGCUCCAAGUUGACAGACAAGCUCUCGAGGCUUUGUUGGUCAGCGUGUCGGGAGAUGUACCCCCCGCAGCCACCGGAGAAGCCAUCAUCGUUGAACAUGCAUGGGUGGCCACAUGGUGGGGAAGACUGGUGGGAAACCGCAACGCCACGCUCCAAGACAUCGACAAGAACAUCGAGGACUGGGACCGCGAAAUCUCGGCAGUGGACAUGAUUCGACAGGCCGACGAGGACGAGAAGGCCCAGGAGGAAGCUCGCUACCAAGCAUACCUCCAGUACCUGGAAGAAGCCCGGCAAGACCAUACGGACCGCCUCAAGACCCCGAACGAGGACCAUGACGUGAUGGCGGCAGCAGCAGGGUUGAGUUACGAACCAACAAAGACCCGUCUCUGCGUUGGUCUCUGCUGGGACGACGGUACGUCGUCGCGAGCAUGGGAGUGGGAGCUGGACAGGGGAGCGACAUUGCAACUGCACAUCAAGAUGGAGAAGAAGGAUUAUCCUGGAGGCUGGAUGAAGAACGGCAAAAGACUCCCUGAGGACCAAGUGCCAGCGUGUCUCAGGGAGACACAACCGAAGGCGAAAUGUCGCCCGACACCGAAGCCUCUUCCACAGCUGGACUUGAACAGGCCUGCCACAAGGGAGCUCUUCUCCAGAUGGCAAGCAGGGAAGGUCAGCGACACGACAGUCGUGCAGGUGGGGUCGCCUACCAUGUUGAAAUUCUUCAGGGAGAUGACAGAUAUACCACGGGACGUCCUUGAAGCACUCGACGAAAGAGACACGAUGGAUGUCUCCAGACCACGCGACCCAGGGGACAUGCCGGCGAGUGCGAGCCACAUGCCACCGACCUUGCCCGUGCCAGAGAGUGAAAUCGAAACGAUCCCAGUGGACCAGGCGGAGACCGGGGAGAACCAGCUGAACGAGGGCAACAUGAUCCACGGCGAGAUGGAGCAGGCCAACGCAGAGGCCGACCACCCGGACGAUGACAGCGACAUCCAGUCGAACCCGGACCCGUACUUCAACGGCAGAAAGUACUAUGAGAAAUACGGCCAUGAUGGACACGACGACUACGGUGACAGUGAGUGA